CCACUUCGCAAAUUGUCUGCUAUGCCAGACGAUUGGAACCCACUUAACUGGUUCUCUUCAAGAAAUACCGGCGAGAAAUCUAAAUCAAAGCCUAAGUCAAGUUAUGAGCAGCUAAUAACAUUCUAUGAUCAACAACCCCCGGAAUUUCGCAUAGCAGUCCCUCUGGUGGCUGGAUCUAUUGUUACUCUUGCCACUGUAAAGCUGCAUACACGGUUCUUGCGGAGAUAUCCAAAUCAGUUCUGGAUCACUCCGAAUUUGUAUUCUAAGCAACGAUGGAUUAAGGGGAUUGUUACGAGUGUUGGAGAUCCCGAUGGACUUCAUUUGUAUCACACGCCUGUAUCUACUACGUAUUGGAAAAAUAUCAUAGGGAUUCCGAAGGGAUCCAGAGGCCCUAAUUCUUUGGCAAAUCAGACUAUAUCAAUUCGUCUGGCUGGCGUCGAUGCACCUGAGGCAGCAAAAUCUAAAGAUGACAAAGCUCAGCCAUUUGCCGAAGAAGCCCUUGCUUGGUUAAAACAGACGGUCCUGGGUAAAACUGUUUACGUUCAGCUUCUCAAACGUGAUCAAUAUUCUCGUGCUGUUGCUCCAGUCUUCCUUCCCCGUCGACUGAUGCCUGGUUUCUUGACGCCCAGAUAUGGAAGGAGUGUUGCAGACGAAAUGCUUCGUGAGGGCUUAGCAGUAACAUACAUAGGAAACGAUGCAGUAUAUGGAAGGAGUGGGAAGGAAGGUCAUCUUAAGAUUGAAGCAGAGGCAAAAGAGCAGAGAUGCGGAAUGUGGGUUAAAGGGUCCAAUAUUGAAACACCCGCAGAAUACAAGCGUCGUCGUCGUACGUCUGCUGCAGCUGAUGCAGGCACCGAGGCAGAGUCUCAAAAUGCUGAAGAUACUGCUGGAGCGAAAGAAAGUGGUUUUUGGCAUCGACUAUGGUCGAGAUUCACGGGUUCUAGCUCGUAAAGAUUUUCGUUCAGCUGACUCACGCGCAAUGAUGAAACAACAUUCUCUGUUCCUCUGUGCUCAUACCGAUUGUGGCACCGGCUGUCUUCAAGCAUAUUCCCUUGUAUCUCUUCAUUCAUUGUGCAAUAGCUCACAUGUUGUAUGUUCUUGAAUACCCAUUCUCUGACAGGUUCAUGAUGACGAUUUCCUCGGGUCCUGCCUCGUAAUAGCCGUCGCUUCAAUCAAUCAACGUUACUAGGCAAGGCGAGAGCGUUCCAGUGUGGUCCUAUGGCAACUAUUUCCGUUGGAUUAACUCUGUCGAUGUCCUGAAGAGAAAUGGUUGUUGAACCAAGUCCCAGGAAUAUCCUGGAUUGAGGCACUCCAAUCUAUUCGUCAGGGUUACCCAAGACAAAUGUCACACUCUAAAUAUCCUCCAGAAGGACCUGUGCUUAAUGCGAAAUUUCAGCUGUUUUUUUAGAUGGCGGUUGCUCUUCGAUUUGGUCAAAUUACUCCCGCCCGAAGCCUCCUCGGCUUGGCUUCUAUCUACCUCGGUGAUUGUGCCACCAUUGGAUCGUUGGAUUCCGCAGCGCAAGCGUCUCAAGGAAGAAUCAAGGCUGCGGUGUUGGUAAGUCUGCGGAGGUCUGGUAAGUGCGAUACGUCCUUGUUCUUCUGUUCAUAACGAAUUCCCUUGGCCGAUCAUAUAUCCAUUCAAUUUGUUCUAAAUGCGUUUUAUUGAUCGAAGACUGCUUCAUAAGCGAGAAUGAUAUGUA